AUGGUAGCGCGCUGGCAAUACCGCUCGACCCCACCACGGUGUUUGCAUCCAAUGUUUGACAGCAAACAAUGUCAGCGAUGCGGAGCCACGGCGAAGGCUGGUUGGGAUUUCGGAGGUGGCAGCCGGCAGCCGGCAGCCGGCAACGAGCAGCGAGCAGCGAGCUUGCGGAGCUGCGAGGCGCAAGCGGAUCCGGAGCGAUCGCGCAGCAUAGUGGGGAGCGCAGCCGCAACUAAACGUGCAUCCCCGCGUAUGCAAACAAAUAAUCCAACGCGUUAUACUCGCGUCUCUACGCCCUCCUACAGGAUUGGCACGUUCUUACACGUCGAGCACUGUGAGAGUUGUAGCGCAGGAUUGGCAUGGCAUGGGGAAAGAUAUGUAACAUCGUUUGUACACCUGGCGUCACCGACUUCAUUUUCGACUUGAACUGUCGUUUGUCAACUGACAAUGAGAGACGUGCUAACAAACUUGAGAUUUUGCGAA